AAACGUUAAAAUCAAUUGAAGUGGAUGAAUGUCUUGAGUUUCAACAUAAUAGUCGAGACGGACUCUUUUAUUCGUGUUUGAUGUGGGGUUUAUUUAUUCAUUUACUUAUUUACAAGAAUAAUAUAUAAUAUUAAGGUAUAAAAGCUAAAAGGUCUACAACUAUUAGAAGGUCUACACCUAUUAGAGGGUUACAUUGAAUUACAGGCUUAACACAGAAAAGAAGGCGAGGAUCAGAGGUUUGGAGGCGUAAGUAAAGAGCAGUCAAAGUCCAGCAUAAUAUGCAAUUGUUGCAAGUUAUAUUUUGACAUAACUCUGACAAUGGUCGUCAUUCAAGAACCCAUCAACGUUAAAAUUCCUCGCAAACUUGAAGUUGGUGAAAAGGUCGAGGUGAGGAGUAUCGAAAGUGGAUUCCGGGGUUCAUGGUACUCGGCUACUGUGAUUGCUUCUUAUGAUUUGGUUCGUCAAGUUCGAUACGAUGACCUUCUGUCUGAUGAUGGUUCCAUCAACUUGAUCGAAUCCGUGAAUGUUUCUCCCAUGCUUGAUGGGGUUAUUCCUUCUGAAAAGAUGCCACUUACCUAUCGUGGUUUGAUUAGGCCUUUGCCACCUCCACUUCAAUUUACGAGAUGGGUUCUACGUUAUGGACAAUGUGUUGAUUUGUUUUAUCAAGAUGCUUGGUGGGAAGGUGUGAUUUUUGACCAUGAAGACGGUGCAGACGAGCGGAGAAUUUUCUUUCCAGAUAUGGGUGAUGAAAUGAAGGCUCAACUCGACAAUCUACGUAUAACUCAAGAUUGGGAUGAGGUUUCAGAAGAAUGGAAGGCUCGUGAUAGCUGGAUUUUUCUUGAAAUAAUUGAGGAGAUUGAGCAGCUGCACCCCCUUGUGGUCUCACUGAAACAAAUUUGGUAUGAAAUUCGGGAGAAGAAUGGCUAUGAAAAUCUUAAGGAGUGGACAUCUACUUCGAGGGAUAUCUGGAGGAACUUGAUCAAGGAAGUUGUGCAUGAAAACACCAUGUUAACCGUCAAGCAAAUCUUUUGUGAGUUGAACACUUCUCCAGAAUUUGGCCAAUUUUCAGAACCCGCUUUCCAGAAGGUUGAAACAUAUUUUAAUAACUCAGCCAUUGUACCUUUUAUUGAAGCCAUAUGCAAUUCGGAUAUGGAUCAGGAUGUGUCAUGUCUUCAGCCUGUAGUUGUUUCAGAGGGUUUUGCACCAAUCUCAGUUCUGCCAAGCCAGGAAGAACAACCACCUAAUGCUUUGUCAGUUUUACAUCCCCCUAAAAAUGAAAUUUCUGGUACUUUGUCCAUUACUGAGAGUGAAACACUCAACUUUAAGUCUUCCAAUGAGAUACAUUCUAGAAAGAGGAAGCGACUUGGAUGGAGGACCAUCCAUGUAGCUGCUGAGUGUUGUCCUGAUGCAGUUUCUGAGUACAACCAUAGGUCCCCAGAGUCCUUGCUAAAACUUAAGAAACAUUUGUUUUAUUUAGGAUGGAAAAUGGAGCAAGCAAAGGAUUGCAGCAUCACUAGGACACGGUACAUUGCUACUGAUGGAAAGAUAUUCCAUUCACUUCGUCAAGUUUCUAAGAUGUUGGGAAAGUCAGGAACUCGGGCAGAAGGCCAAAAAACUUCAUAUGAUGACCUCAACCUGUCUACUUGCCUGGCAAAAACACUGACAUGCAGUGAGGUGUCUGAGAUGCUAUCUCCUUCUCAAGAACAAAUCAUUGAUCCGGAAUUCUGCCCUCAAGCGGUAAUUGACUAUUUUCUCGAAAGUGGGAAAAAGAAGCAUCUGAACCUAAAAGCUAGGAAGCACCUAGCUGCAAUAGGAUGGGUGUUUUAUUAUCAUUGGAAAAAGAGUGGCAAGAGAGAACUGCGGUACUUUUCUCCUAAUGGGAAAGUACAUUUCUCUCUUCAAAAGGCGUGCGAAUGGUGUAUGCAGCAGUGGGAAGCUGAGGGCCAGUUACCUGAAUUAAUUUCCCGAUCAACUGCUCAACUUAAUAAAGUCACAGUUUGUGAAAUCAGCAAAACAAGAAAGAAGAGUAAUCAUGGUGAGAUUCAUGCAGGUGGCUGGAACAUAUCCAGAUCUUCAAGAACAGUAACAGAUGGUAUAGAAUCUCAGUCUUCAGCUCGUCUGUUGCGAUCAAGUAAAAGAGCUCGGCUUUCUUCGUCCUUGCAUCAUACACCUCGAACAGUGUUAUCUUGGUUGAUAGACAAUAAUGUGGUUCUGCCCCGUGCCAAAGUGCAGUAUCGUGGCAAAAGAGAUGGUCAUCCAAUGGCAGAAGGGCGGAUCACUCGUGCAGGGAUCAAAUGCAAGUGCUGCCAAAAAGUUUAUGGAAUUAGCAACUUUGAGGUGCAUGCUGGAAGCAAUUAUCACAGACCUUCAGCAAAUAUAUUUUUGGAAGACGGACGAUCUCUUCUUGAUUGUCAACUGCAGAUGAAAGAAAAGACUAGUGUAAGAAGCACGAGGAAAAGACCACGUUCGUUGAAGAAAGGCAGCCAUUUGGGCACAAACGACUACGUAUGUUCUGUGUGCCAUUACGGUGGUGAAUUACUUCUGUGUGAUGAGUGCCCAUCUUCCUUUCAUACUGGUUGCCUUGGAAUGAAGGAGGUCCCAGAUGGAGAGUGGUUUUGCCCAUCAUGCUGUUGUGAAAUGUGUGGACAGAGCAGAUUUGAUAAAAACAAAGACCACUUUACAGACAGCAGUCUACUUAUUUGUUGUCAGUGUGAGCACAAGUAUCAUGUUCGGUGCGUGAGAAAUAAGGGUCUUCAAAAGCUGGAUUAUUAUCCUGUAGGAAGUUGGUUUUGCAAUAAGAGAUGUGAGCAGAUAUAUUUGGGUAUCCGUCAACUUCUGGCAAAGCCAGUUAUGGUGGGAAAUGAUAACCUCAGUUGGACUUUAUUAAAGUACGUAAAAUCUGACGAUUUGGAUUCUGAUGCUGCUAAUGAUGAGUUCAUCUUGGAGACUUAUAGUAAACUUAGUGUUGCUCUGGAUGUGAUGCAUGAAUGCUUUGAGCCUGUCAAAGAACCUUACACAAGGAGAGAUCUUAUGGAAGAUGUUAUCUUCAAUAGAUGGUCAAAGCUGAAUCGUUUAAAUUUUCAGGGUUUCUAUACUGUGCUUCUGGAAAAAAAUGAUGAAGUGAUUACAGUAGCGACUGUAAGGGUUUAUGGAGAAAAGGUAGCCGAGGUUCCUCUUGUGGCAACGCGAUUUCAGUACCGCCGACUUGGAAUGUGUCGCAUCUUAAUGAAUGAGCUUGAAAAGAAACUCGUGGAAUUAGGAGUUGAGAGACUAGUUUUGCCAGCUGUCCCCAACGUGCUAAACACAUGGACCACUUCAUUUGGGUUCUCAGUGGUGAGAGAAUCUCAGAGACUAAACUUGUUGAAUUACACUUUCCUUGAUUUCCAGGGUACAAUAAUGUGUCAGAAACUCCUCCAGAAUAUCCCUCCAGAGGUAUCAAGUGGAUCAACAGCCUAUCAAACUCAAUUUGAGUACAUAAACAGCAUGGAGAAUGUUGAGUUGGAUGGAAACAGUGCGCUUUCUGAGGUUCUCCAAGCUGAGCAAAUUGAGGGGAGUGAAAUUGUGGACCAAGGAUCUGCAGAUGCAUCUGGAGGAUGUGAAACCAAUGAUAUGGAUGCUCCAGCUCCUCUCAUUAUCGUGGCGAACCAACAAGCUCCUCUUGGCUGCCUGCCUUACCAGGAUGAAACUAGUCCGGAUUACGGAGCUGAAGUUACUGAUGGUAAGGUUUUUGAGAAAGUAGGUGCUGGCCAAUACAUAUGUUACAAGCGGAGAAGAAGAUACCAGCCUGUGGAAGCUAAGCUGGUAUUGGAAGGGGUAACUAUCUAGGAAGCUGGUAAAUUAUUAGAAAAAGAUAACCAUGGAACUGUGGCAUCUCUUAGAAGGCCAAAUAUUUUUGCUCCGUUAACCUUCUUUUUUCCUCCUUAAGGAGAUAACUUUAGGCUGUUGGUCUCUAGCUCAUAUAUAUAUGCUCAUGUACAGCUAUCUCUAGGUACUAUUAGCUACUAUACAUCUUUUCUAAUCCUGAAAGUACAAAUGUAUAGAGCCAAAGUCAACGGCUUGCAAGUAUUCACUGUCGCUCUGCGAAUGUAAGCCAAUUCAUUUAUAAAAAGCAGAAUGUUUGAGAAA